AGCACAUCUCCCGGUUAUCCCGAUAAGAGGAUGGCCUUAUUCCAUCCACCGAUACUCUCAUACAACUCCCUUGUCAACUUCACGGUUCGAGCCUCGCGUGAAGCGAUCCUUAUCUCUUGUCACCAUCCAUUCGGCCUCCAAAAGACAUACCAAUCUAGUCGCUGCUCUGAAAUGUCAUUCUUUCGGGGUUGCCGUAGGAACGAAGUCUCUUUGAGGUUCUUCAAUAAUACAAAGCGAGAUAAACCAGUAACUUCCGAGACUCUUCGUUGGGAAACAGACGUCGAAAAUGAAGACGAGCCGCAACGAAUCGUGGUCUCUUGGAGGAAGAUUAAUAACAGUCAUGAAGCGAUUUCCUUGACACGAGGCGUGGAGGUCAUUUCAGUCUCUCGUUUUUUGGCUGGGCCGAGAACCCACUUGAGAUAUAUCGGGGUAUCCGAAAGGCCGCUUGGCGACAGUGCACCUACGACUGAUGAGGAGCACGGCGAAGAAGCAAAAGAGGAAAUUGAUGAUGUCAGUGCAGCUUUUGCUGCUGCUGCUACUGAUGAUGACGGAGAGGAAGAACAUGGAAGUAUUGGUGGCGAAAUGGAAGGUGAUGAUGUGGACGAUGAUGGUGCUGCCGCCGAUAAUGAUGAUAAUCAUGAUAAUGCUCAAGGUGGUGGUGAUGAUGGCGGCAGAUAUGGUGAUGAUGACGGGAAGAAAGACCAUGACGGUACUCUUGGCGACAAAGAUGGCGCAAAUGACGACGAUGGAGGUGCUGCCAGUGAUAACGAUGGAAACGAACGAAGUGGCAAUGAUGGUGGUUAUGAUGAUGACGGGGAUGCUGGUGAAGGCGACAAUGUCGACGAUGGUGGUGUUGACGCUGAUAACUUUGAUUACAGUGGGUAUGGUGGUGUUGAUGGUGAUUAUAGUAAUAAUGAUGAUGUCACUAACCCUGAUGCUUCUAACAAUGGUGGUGGUUAUGGUAACAGUGAAAUUGCUGCUGAUUCCGAUGCUGAUGGUGAUGCUGGGCAUCUUGAUGGUGAGCUUGCCUGCGAUGCUGAUGGCGUGACCACUUUUGAGACAAAUGACUGGGAAUUCGACUCUCCUGGGAUCUGCGUUCGCUGACGGUGCAGCUUAAUCGAUUGUAAUCAAGGAAUUAAAUGCACACAAAGUCAUUUACUAUCAAUAAUACCAUAGCUUAUCCAGUAAUGUUAAGGUAGAGUUCAAGUGCACUUUGAAUUAAUAAUUGAGUAGAAACGUCAGUCAUUUCGCAUUGCAACAAUAAGCCAAGCUAAGUAUUUUGAUGAUUUGGCAUUGCACAACUAUUCUUAAUCUAGAAAGAAUGGUCAUUUGACAUGAUUAAAAUGUUCUAAUUAUAUAAACACGUUGGUCAUAUGACAUUGCAAAAACUUAUAAGAAGUAUAGAAUUUUUUCCACCGCAUAUUGCUAGAAUAUUCAAAGUCUGGACAGUUUAGCCACUUACAUUACAAAACAUUCUAAGUAUUUUAGACAUAUUGGCAUUUUGCAUCAUUACACUUGUCAUGCUUGUGGCACUUUUCUCAGUGUGCUUUUGGUAAUUUCACUUUAUUGAAAAUAGUCAAAGUGUGGUCCGUUUGGUCAUAUUCUUUGUUCAGUCAUUAUUGUAAGAUUAGUGUAGGCCUAAACAAUAUUGGUCAAAAUGCAUUUAUACUUAGAAUUGAUAUCUGAUGAAUUUAUUAGUGUUUAUCAAAAUAAAAAAAAUAUUGAAGUCUUGUAUGUUAUUAGUCUUUUUUAUAGACCCGUAACAAAUCUUGAAUUUCUGUCAAAGGUUCUUGAAACAGUCGUAUCACGACAGUUAAUGGCGCAUCUGGAUCGUUGAA